AUGUCGACAGUUACUCUCCUAGCCCGCCCCAACUCUUGUGGGUCUGACCUCGAGUUAGCCUAUGCCUCACCAGCAGUAUUUUACGCCAUAGGAGCCGAUGACGAAAUUAUACAGUGUGGUUCACAGAAAAAAAACCGAUCAUCAUCAUUCACCACUGAAUCUGGCUCCCUCAGUGAGCAUCACAGACGGACUAAAAGACUUCGAGGCAGCAGCGACGACAAUGGAGAAUUGACUUCAGAUGGGUUCUCAAACGAGGAUCUCCGAGUUGGUGGGCCGGACCUCUGUUCCCUUCCCGCAGCAAACAGCACCCCCACAGAUAAUCUCUUGCAUCGAAGACUUUCACUCUCCAGCUCAUGGGACCGUACCCUCCACAAUAAUAACAUCGACAACAUAUUGAAAAAUUAUAAUGUUCAGUACCACACGGUCGAAGUUGUUGAGCGACGUGCGUUGUUCAAUGCAAGCCCAGAGGCGGUCAUAACACUCCUUAUAAUUGCAGAGAGGGAUUGUGUCCGUGAACUCCGGCGCUUUCUCCAUGAUGAAGGCUUCCCUCGUACUGUCGUCGAGAUCUCAGACACUGCGGCGUUGACAACACCCAAUACCACCCCUGUGUUUUUCAAUGACCCGGUCUUCGAAAAGUGGGAUUCUGUUUGGCAACAAAUCUGUCAGGAAGUUCCCUUAGUGGAUAUUGAGACUGUUGGCUGCUUUCGAAGGGGACGAAACCCAGUUGUGGAAGAAAAUCCAGCAACCGUUCUUGUCUCCACUAAUAUGCAGAACAACCGGAACUGGAAGGGUGUCAGAGACCGAAUCAUCGAUAUUCUCCAACAACAUGAUCUCGCCAUGGUCGCUUUCGAGAUCACCAAGGAUACCGGCUUUCAUCAACGUUCGGGUUUUGACCACAAUAUUCUCACCGGAAAGGUCAUGGCUGGUGAAUCACUCGCUCCAUUACGCGCCCCAUUCUCGCCCGGAACCCUGGGAGGGUUCAUUGAACUCAAAAGCGCGAUAGAAGGUACAGAUCAAUGGGUGGCUGGUGCAGUUACGUGUUUCCAUUGUGUUCUCCCUCGAGACUCCGAAGAGGACACACAUGACCAUGAACUACUUAGGCAAUGGGAGAGCGAUGGGAUGCACAUGCACCCAGAAGCCAAUCGUCUACUGAAGAUAAGCCACCCCAGCCUCCAGGCCAAGACCGAGGAAAUGGCACGCAUCCAACAGGUCAUUGACAACACAAAGACCCUUGCCUUCUACAAACACGGUGCUCUGAUGGCUGCAGAAGGCUGCCUUGAGUAUCUGCCCGAAGCCGACCAAAUCCGAUGGCGAGUGAGCAACAAUCAGAUAUCGAACUAUGAGGCGAUGAUUUCGCCGAUCAAUACUUUCGUCAACGACGGCCACCAGGAAGUUGGAUCAGUGUUCCUGGCGUCGGGAAUGAAGUUGAGGAAAUUUUAUACAAUGACGGAUUGUGACUUACCCACGCACCUUGACUGGGCUGUCAUUCGGGUUGAUCGGACAAAGGUGCAAGGGAAUAAGCUCGAGAAGAUGAAUACACCCCCAGACUUGGCACAGCCACCGGAUUACAAAAGCUUCCAUGGAAGUGAUGUCUUUCUGCACGGUUUUCGCUCUGGUCAAGCAAUGGGUUAUUACAAUGGCCUUAAAUCAGUCGUCAUCAAGACGGAUCUAUUGAACGAGACCGUGCAGUCGGUCAAAACCUUGGAAUACAGCGUGACCCCGCCUACGGGCAGAUCCACAUUUACGCUCGCUGGGGAUUCUGGCUCCUUUGUCUACAGCCCGGCAGGGCUGGUUUUAGGCAUGAUCUUUGCUGGCAGUACGGUUGACGGGAUUGGCUACUUCAGACGAAUGGACCACCUUUUUGAUGACAUCAAGGCCACGUCUGGGGCGGCCGACAUUCGCUUGUAUGCGGGAGAUGCUCAAGUUUGA